UCUUUUUGUUUAUCAGUUCAUAAGCCGUCUCCGGCGUGUAUAUUAAAUGAGAAUAUCUGGUUCGCAUCCUUUUUCAUCUCUGAAAAUCUCUUCUUCUCGCAUCUAUCACUCAAUGUGAUGCUUCUAUUACCGGCAUGAAUGAUUUGGGUUUGGGGUUUUGACCUUCUGAGAUGUGAGUUUAUGUGGGGAAAAGUCAAUUUCUUGCAUUGUUUAGGUAAUAGGUACUGUAUAUUUUUUCUAUGAUAAAGAACUGUGGCCUUUUCUACUUCCUCGGAGCUGUUUAAAUUAGGCGUAAAUAUUACGAUUGGGUAAUCCAUUUUAAUCAUGGGCACAUCAAGAAAUCAACUUUUAAGAAUGGAGUCAUUGACCCCAGAUUUAGAAGACUUUGAUAACUCUGGAGGAGCUUCAUCUCUGAGUUCUUCUUUGAUCUUCUUUGCGAGAGAGCAUCGGGGUUUUCUUCACUUCCAAUCUCUGAAUCAAGAAUCCAAAUUUUCCGUGAUUGAUUGAAGAGGCGAGCCAAUAUGGGUGGAGUGGAAGAUCAAUUGGAUAUCAAGUUUCGAUUGAACGAUGGGUCUGAUAUCGGUCCCAAAACCUUCCCUGCUGCCACAACCAUAGCAACCUUGAAACAAAGCAUUCUUGCUCAAUGGCCAAGAGGAAAGGAGAACGGUCCAAGAACAGUAAAGGAUGUGCAGCUAAUAAGUGCAGGAAAAAUCUUAGAGAAUAACAGAACAGUGAAUGAUUGCAGAAGCCAAUUAUAUGACAUUCCUGGUAGUGUUACAACCAUGCACGUUGUUAUCCAACCUCCAAGUUUGGAGAAAGGUAUGAUCUGUUCUAUAGAAUCAAUAUUGCACUUUGAUUGCUUGACAAAGAUAGAACUUGAAACCAUUCAGCACUGUUUUGUUUGGCUGAGCAGAGAAGAAAGGUAGCGACCCAUCAACACAAAACAAGUGUGUUUGUGCUAUACUAUAAAGAUGGGGAAGAGGAGGAUGGGGUAUUUAUGGAGAUAAGCCAGUUUGUAGAACAGAUCUAUUAUGAAUAGCUUCAUUUGUUGUUUAAAUUGAUUUUGUGGAACCCUUCUGCAAUCUCAGAUGUUUGUGGUGAAAGGUUUUAUAUACUUAAAAGUUGCAGUU